AUGAAAUGGCCACGCAACACAAUGAUGACGCACCGCACUCCGUGGCCAUUGAUUUCCGUUAUUAUUGUCGUUUUCAUCGUCUGGCACACUUUACUGUCGGUCUUUCGAGGUUAGUGAACACUUUUGAACCAUUUCUAUUCUGUCUCAAUCUUUCAGCAGAGGAAGCUAGGACAGAAACGUCGGUUGAACCGACUUUCGAGAAUGUCACUCUUCCGUUCCAAAACUCUUCAGAAUCGUCGGUUGAAGAGAUUUGGCCACUGGUUGAUGAGAAGACUGGAAAGUAAUGAGAUUGUGAAAUGAGCAAGUAUCCAAUCUCCACUCAUUCAGACGAAUCUGUGACAUAGAACCGUGGAACAACGUGACGCUCCGCAACGUUUCCUUCUACGAACAGCACCUCCGAUGGGCGCGCCGAUCGAUUGGAAGCCAGCCGAAUCUGCGGGAGGGCAAACUCAAAAUAGUCUCGGCGUUCGUUUACGAAGACCACAUCGCAGUCACCACCACCACCCAGAACCGAUUUGGAACUCAAGUGUUCUGCCGUUAUUUCGACUGCAACCGCGACGAACUUCCCGUCUCCGUCUUCCCCUCGUUCAUGUUUCCCCUCUCAGCGGCGUAUUGUGCUCGGCGAGCCGGUGCCGUCUACGUGUCACUCACGGAUGAGAUGUUCUCGCGCGUCGAUGAGAUGAACACGGUGCCGAUCGUUUUCAGGGCGUACAAACGUGAGUGUUGUCUGCAUUUUCGAAAAUUUGCUGAAAAAUUAGAUUUUAGAGCCGGUACACGAGAUAUCCGUCUGCUUCGGACCUGUUUACGGAGAAGAGAAGCGGUGGUUGGAGAUUGCGGAAGUCGUGGAGCAUCACAGAUUGAUCGGAGCCACCUACUUUUACCUGACGGCUCUGAAUGACGUGGAUGCGUAUACGAACAAGCUUCUUCAAGAAUAUCAAAGGUAUUCCAGCAAGUUCUUAGUUCUGCUAAUGGAAAAAAAACUUUCAGAGUGGGUCUCGCAGACGUGACGGUCAUCCAAUCGGAGUACAAAACGAUGGACUGGAUGUUCCACAUGUUGCAGAUAAACGAGUGCUAUUUCCGCAGCAAGCAGCACUCCAAAUGGGUCCUCAACAUUGACAUUGACGAGCGAUUCAUGAUGGAGCACACUCCGCUUCCUGUCUUUCUCCGAUCAAUGGACGAAGAAGUGGGCGAGAUCAUGUUCCAGAUUCGGAGGGUUCAAAGGACGGAACCACUGCCGGAGAAGUACGUGAGCACGGAGCAGUUGAUCGAGGAUUUGGAGUUUCUCAAGUACAACAAGACGUCUUCCUACUCCUGGGAGACGCCCAAAGUUAUAUUCAGACCGGAGAAGGUUUCAAAUUUCAAAAAGGUCCCCUGGAAUUAAUCGAUGUCUUUUCAGGUGCAAGCCCUAUUCUAUCACUGGUCGUGGAUCCAAUAUCCCGGUGUGAUGGUCGCAAACGCUCCGCGAAGCAUCGGAUACGUCCGUCACUACCGAACCACCGGACACAGUCUGAAGAGCGAUUGGGCCGGAAGAUUUGGAAACUUCACAGAGACCAGACUGGAGAAUAGCUUUGAGGAGAGGCUGGUGGAUGCAGUUGUCAAGAGAGUCGAGCGGGUCUACGCGCAGAGGGACUCGUUCUGCGAUGAGAUUCCGCAGGCGACGCUCGAUUUGUUUACAAAUGACAACUACAGUUGUGUGUAUCGAAACGGGACGAGGAAGGCCGAUUUAUCGUAG